CGGCGAUUGGCUGAGUGGCGUUGCACAAGGUGCAGAAUUGCUUCACCACCCUUGCGGAUAUCCUUGGCUUUUUCCCAUCCUCUGCGUCUAUUCAGAGCCGCCAUGAAUCGCCCUAGAGAAAGCCUUCUCAAUCUGUUCGACCCUCUGUUCAGUUCUGUCUCUCAGCGGAAUGGAGGCGAUAGUUCUGUUGAAUUGGAUGAUUACGACUCAGAGAAGGAGAAUAACAUGCCGUUGGGGGAUGUGACGAUGGUAUCUUUUUUUAAUGGGGCCUUGAAACCCGAAGCCUGCCUCCAGCCUGUCCCACUCAAGUGUCGUCUUAUCGAUGUUGGAGAUGUCACUGUAGACAACACGUUGCUUAUGAACGAGGUGCUGGAAGAGAUUAGAGAGGACGAAGAGUCAGAAGACGAGGAUAGUACGGUCAUCCUGGGACAAGUUGGUAAAACACCGAAGGCCCCAAGUAGCGUAAAUAUCGUUGCGACUCCUCGUUUGAACCCUCGCACACCGUUCGCUGAACUUCGGAUGGAACGAGAGAUUACGCCCGUAGCUCACAAGCGUUUGCUGAUGCGCCAGAAGCAGUAUACCCACCCUGCAGCUGCCAGUGACUCUGUGACUCAACCACAGUCUUCCCUUUCCUCUCUAGUCGACGCAGUGACCUCGGCUGGCAUUUCCUUCGCGGCUUCGAAACCGACGUUCCCUUCUCCAGACAUUCCUGAUUUCAUCACAUCUCCAUUCCGUAAUGUAUUGGAGGCCUCUCCAACGAAUAUCCCACUUCCAUCGUCGCCAAUCGACAUGAACGAACUUGAUGUUCCUACCCCUCGUCCAAGACAACUGCCGCCGCCUAUAUGCGACCAUGAUCGCCAGUCCUUGGAUCUACAUGCCUCUUUCCAGCUUCAGUUCGACUUGGCUGAAUCAAGUUUUGAUUUGCUGACCGAUAAAAUAUCAUUCCUGGGUUCACGAUCCCAUGACUUUGACAUUACUUCGGGAGAUGAAGAAGAGACGACGGGCGUGAUAACAUGUUCAGGUGGGGAAGAUGUCGUCAAUGUCGCUGCUAACAUCCCUUUACCGUCGGAGGACAGCCCUCAGACCAGAUACCCUUACUCUGCGACGCAUGUCCAGCCCCUUAAUGACACCGACUCUCCGCUACUCGUCGUUACGGCAAAGACGUAUACACCUACCCACGCUGUUGUUCCUGAAAACUCGCCGCAGUGCGAUGAUGCCCACGUAAUUUUUCCUUCGACCGGAGAUCCACCGAUGACGCCUGCUCCAUCCAAGAAUCUUCAUCCUGUCGUACCACCUCCUAUCCAUGCGUUGCGCAUUGUCAAGCGGACAAAGACGGUGGCGGCGGCAAUAGCGCCUCCUCCAGAUCGCCGCUUGUCCACACGACCUCCAGCUCACACUGAGAGGAAGUUAUCGCCUCCAGUUCAAUCAGACACACCUACCUCAGCGAAGGCCAGCGAAUCUGAACGCCAUGCUCCUGUUGCGGCACCUCCCAAAUCGGGAAGUGCCACGAGGGGUUGGAGGACUUGGACACAUGCCAAAGAGCAACAGACAUAGACCCAAAAAAGUGUUGCUAUCUGACGCAGUUGCCCAGUGGGGUAAUAUGCAGCCUGCAAAAACAGCUGAUCUGAACGCUGUCCGGGAUGCUCUCAAGGCAAUUGGUACGGGGAAGCCCAAAGCACCGGCCAGGGAUGUGAAAAGCAUUGUUCGACCUGCGGUCAGUACUCACGUUGGGCAGAGGGAGAGUCGGCCAGCAUCUACUAUCCCACGCCCAGUAUCCAGCACCUCUAGAUUGCCUGCUCCUGUUUUCGGUACAAAUAGAGCGGGCGCUGCAGCUGGAAGGGAAGCAAAGCCAAGCAGUG